UCACACACUGCAGACAGAGGCGGCAGCAGUCAGCCAGCACGGAGUCUCCGCCGUCAGCCUGCCGCAGUCAGGAUCCUCUGCUCUAACUAACGAUGUUAGGAAGGACUUAAUGAUGACGGAUCAAAAGUCUUCAGAAGGCUUAAGGAUUAAUAUGAUGCCGGGAUGUCAUGUCUUGGUAAGCUAGCAGUUCCUCUGGCAAUGUAAGAGACAUAUCAGGAGGCAGUUACUGAUGACUCAUGGCGACAAUGUCCCAAACAUGGACCAUCUUCACUGUUGUUACUGGGCUGGCUGUGCAGCUGUGCAUAGGUGAGAAAUAUCCUGAGAAAUCCUGUGCCAUCUGGUCCAGCCGUGGACCUGUGGUGCAGCGAGGCACCAGCUUUACGGUGUACUGCACCUUUAACUGCAAGUGCAAGGGAUCCAUGUACAGUGACCAUCCGCCAACACUACAGAGCCACAACAUAUUUAAUUCUACAACUAUAUAUUUAAAUGUAGCAAACAUAACCAAAAACAGAACAUACAGCUGUCGGUGUAAGUGUCCUUCUGCUCUGGACCCCUGUGGACUGGACAUCUCGGCUGGAUAUCUACCAGAGAGGCCUACGAAUAUUUCAUGCAUCUACAAAGUCAAAGAUAAUGAAAGCGGAGUUUUGUCCUGCACUUGGAACAGAGGACGAGAUACUUUUCUUACGGACAGUACAAAGCUGUGUGUGAGAACUGUAUCUAAAAGCCACGAACGUAAAGAGUGCAAUGUCUCCAGUAGAGGAACUGAUUUUCCAUCGGCUAGUUUCACUGUGACCAGCUCUGUCCAGCUGAUCUCUGUGUGGGUCCUAGCCCAAAAUCCACUGGGCUCUCAAGUGUCCAUCCCCAUCAACUACACGCUCAGUGACAUUGCGAUGCCCUCGACUCCUGCUCUUGGCCAACCCGAGUGCUCUUCCCGAGAGUGCAUUGUCAAAGUGGAGCUGCCUGUGAAGGCUCAACACCUAGAGAUCCAAUACAGAACAGAUGCACAGACAUGGACAUCUUCUCCUGACUCAGGUGUGCAGAUGAGUUCGGUACAGGUUCGGUUCAUCUCCUCUCUGGAGCCCUACAUGUUGUACCAUUUCAGAGCCAGAUGCAAAUUCAGCAGCGGCCUGUGGAGUCAGUGGAGCGCAAACAUAUUAAGCUGGACUCAAGAGGAAGCGCCUGCCAAAGAGUUGGAUGUGUGGUACGCCGAGCUCGCCUCUGACUCUAAAUCACAGAGAGUUUACUGGAAGGAGCUGAACAAUGCCACCGCUAGAGGGAAAAUCAUAGAGUAUAAUGUCAGCGUUUACAGCCAAAACUCUGGCUUGGUCUUCGUCAACCCAGAGCCAAUUAGUGCCGAUGCCAGGGAUUAUCCAGUCCCGUUCUGUACCGACUGUGAAGUCACAGUGUGGGCUCGCAACUCCAAAGGGCUGUCCCCUCCUGCCAGAAUUAAAACCCAUCACACAAAAGCGAAGAGCAUGCAGUUCGAGCCCCCUCAGGACAUGCAAGUAACUGCAGACAACCACAGUGUCACCAUCUCCUGGAGAAAGCAUGACACUGCACCGCUACAUUCAGCAUAUGUGCUGGAGUGGUACCCAGAGGGCCAUAAGUUGGAGGAGCUCAGAUGGGUCAGACUGGGCCGGAAAAACAACCAUGCUGUUGUUACAGAUAUUAAGCCAUUUGAGUGCUACGAGGGAGCAGUAUAUGUUUUAAACAAUGAGAGCUCAGUGAGUAGGACCAGAUUUACAGGUGUCUCCACUUUGGAAUCAGCCCCAGAAGACGGUCCGUCAGUCCAAGAGCCGGUUGUUGAGGGAAACAAAGUACAAGUGACCUGGACAGAGAUUCCCAGGGGUCAGCGUGGGGGUUGUGUAACCAAGUACACCAUCUAUUUAGAGAACGAAAGCGGACAGCAGAAGGCUCACCCUAUACCAGCAUCAGAGAGAAUGCACACCAUCAAAGACCUGUCUCCAGCUUCCUACAGCCUGUGGAUGACUGCUUCAACGGCUAAAGGAGAAGGCCCAGCAUGUCAAAAGGUCAAGGUCUUCAUCCAGCAGACCCAACUAUCCCCCCUACUAGUGUGUGCAGUCGCCGCCCCCAUCGUGUUGUUUCUGGUGUGUGUGUCCCAGAGUUCAGCAUUAAAGCAGAGGCUAUGGGUGUAUUUCCAGUGCGUCAUGCUCGAUGAUGUGCCAGAUCCUGCAAACAGCAAGUGGGCACAACAGUGUACCCAGGAGAAGGGCAAGAUGAACCUCCAGCUGCCGCAGAGUAACUCCAGUGUAACCGAGGAGGAAGAAGAGCCCAUCCUGGUGGAUGUGGAGGAGCUGCCCAAGCAGAGCAGUGACACCAUCACACUUACACUCUCUCCUCAAACCAGUCGCAGCCCCGAGUUGGAGCCGGCCACACUGGCCUACCCUCUGACCACCUACAUCAAGAGCUUCUCCCACGACUCAGAAAGCUCCGAUCACACGCAGACAUCUCUGGACACCAACACAACUUUCGGCUACAUCUCGUCACACGGGCCGGAAAAUAUGGACGAGGAAUACCAGGAGGAGGAGGAAGAGGAGGAGGAAGAGUUUGUAGAAAUGCUGGAUUUCUUCCCCAGUCACAACGUCUUCAUAGAGCCACUGGAGUUCGGAGGGAAGUUGACUCUGAAUGCGGUCAAAAUUGACUGCAGUGACAUCUUUCAGAACAGUUAGUGUUAACCUGAAACCAGAACUCUGGUGAGGUGAGGUCUGAGUGAAAACGAUUUUUUGAGGAAGAGGACGGCUAGGUGGGGUUUCACCACCUAAACGAAAGACACAAACACAAUGACUGGACGUGGUGACUGGAUUCCUCUUUUGUUUUCUUUUUGCAUCACGCACCUUUCUGCAUGAACUACCUCCUUGCUCAUUGAAAUCUGAACUGUAACAAAAAAGUCUCUUGCUGAAGUCUUCCAGAGCUGUUGUGCAGGAAUAAUGUUUGACUGAAAAAGUACUUCUGUUUUCAAUUAAUGCAUUACCAUUGUUUUCUCUUCAGAGCAGCAUUGGGCACACUAACACCAUGGCCUAUGUCCUUCAAAUAUUGUAAUUUCUCCCUGCCUGACUUAAAGGUCCCAUGACAUGGUGCUCUUUGGAUGCUUUCAUAUAGACCUUAGUGGUCCCCUGAAACUGUAUCUGAAGACUCUUUUAU